GACAGACACACACCGGAAUAAAGAGCGAGCGGAGGAGAAGCCGUGGCCGCUGCUGCCGCUCAAGGAGAAAAUGAAGACGCCGCGCCGUGCAGCCUCGGUGGGAUUUUAUUAUUUCUGUAGGUGAAGCGGAAAAAUGAGCGAGGAAACGCACCCAGACGAUGACAGCUACAUCGUGCGCGUCAAAGCGGUGGUGAUGACCAGAGACGAGUCGAGCGGCGGCUGGCUGGCGCAGGACGGCUGCCUGAGCCGAGUGGGCGUCUGCAAGGUGCUGUCGGCCGAGCUGCUGGGACGCAACGCCUUCCUGAUCCACGGGGAGCGCCUCAAAGACAAGCAGGUGAUUCUGGAGUGCUUCCUGAAGAAGGACCUGGUCUACACCAAGGCCACGCCCACUUUCCACCACUGGAAGGUUGACAACAAAAAGUGCGGUCUGACCUUCCAGAGCCCGGCCGACGCCCGAGCCUUCGACCGCGGGGUGAGGAAGGCCAUGGAGGACCUGACCGAAGGGUCGACCACGUCCUCGUCCACGCUGCAGAACGAGGCGGAGCUCGGCGACGACGACGUUUUCACGAACGCCACCGACAGCUCCUCUAACUCGUCCCAGAAGAAGGAGCCGUCCAUGCAGAUGCUGGCUCCGCCCAACUUCUGUGAGCCCCGCCGGCACCACUGCAUCCUGGGACAUUUGUACGACCAGCACCGGCCCUCCGACCACUACUUCCUGGACCAGGCGGUGCCCAUGUUCCCGCGGCACGUCAGCUUCCAGGUGGAGGAGGAGGAGAUCGUGCGCAUCAACCCCCGCGAGCGCACCUGGCUGACGGCCUACGGGGACUACCGGGACGCCAACGCCACGCGCGACAAGCUCAUCCAGCCCGGCGACCCCGACGCCUACGUGCACUUCGCCAAGAGCGAGCCGCCCAAACCCGACUACACGUACCCGUACCCGCUGGGCUGCGACGGCCAGCACGGCUGCGACGGCAAGCCGGGCUGCCUGGAGCGCGUGGCGGCCGGCCACCGGGCGGCGGUGACGGCCCAGCCGUGCGCCCUGCAGCCCAAAGGCAAGCGGCGGAAGGAGGACGGCGAGCGCUCGCGCUGCGUCUACUGUCAGGACACGUUCAACCACGAGGAGAACGGGCGGGGCCGCUGCCAGGAGGCGCCGGACCCCAUCCAGACCUGCAUCCGGCGGGUCAGCUUCAUGUGGUGCGCGGACAGCCUGCUGUACCACUGCAUGUCGGACCCCGAGGGCGACUACUCGGACCCGUGCUCCUGCGACACGAGCGACGAGCGCUUCUGCCUCCGCUGGACGGCGCUGGUGGGCCUGUCGCUGCUGGCGCCCUGCAUGUGCUGCUACGCCCCCCUCAGGGCGUGCUACCGCUGCGGGGUGGCCUGCCACUGCUGCGGCGGCAAACACAAAGCCGUGGGCUGAACGGGCCCCGCCCCCCCCCCGCACAGACAGCAAAGACUCAUGGGAAAAGGAGCCCGGGAGAGGGUGGCCACUUUUUGUCGUCGUUUUCUUUUUGGGGUUUGUUUGGUCCCUCGGACGCGCCGGCGGGGGGACAGGACUCGUCCCGUUUGGAGCUCCGUGUCGACAGAAAGUUUUUUCUUUUUGGUUUAUUUGAUUUAUUUUACGCCACCCGGCGGCUUCCAGCUCCCUCAAAGACUCAACGAUGAAUAGUCAUUUCUAUAUAAAUAUAUAAAUAUAUAUAUAAAUAUAUAUAUAUAAACAGGUACUUUAUAUUUUUACACUCAUGUGUUUUAAAGGCUUGAAUAUGUGGUUUUUUCUUAGCGUUGUGUGGGUCAGUAUGAGCGUUGUUGUGUUUUACCGGAGGAGCUCCGCCUCGCCGCCUCGCUGCACGCCGUCUCACCACGGCGUCACUCUGAGGAUCAAACCUGACUUUCAUCUCAGCAGCGGGGUGAGAUCAUUUCGCUCGCAACCGACUCAGAUGGACCUGUUUUUUAUUUUUUGCAUCAGGUGGCGCAGUCUGGAGAAUCUCGUCACACCAAAUUUGCUUUUGAAGUGAAAAGCGAGCAGAGUUUUCUCACUCCGUCGGCCUUUUCUCUGCUCUGAUCAAAGUCUCGUUUUGGCGGUCGACGCGUGGCGACGCGUGGCGACGCGUGGCGACGCGUGGCGACACGUGGCUACGCGUGGCGACACGGUGGAUGUUGUGCAGCGAGCCGGCGGCGCCGCGAGCCCGGUGUUCAGCAGAGGCACUUAAACUGGUCUGAGAUCAGGUCGGCUCCGUCCCAGCGACUGAACACACAAACCAGCCGUCCGGAGCAGCGCGGCGGCGUCCGGCCUCCGCGGCGUUAUUCCAGGAAUUCAGCGUUUCAAAGUCGAUCUGCCCUCCAAAAUCCAAGCAUGUGUUUCACCCGGGCCCGUCCCGGUCAGAUUAUUCCAGGAUUAUCAUCUCUAGAGAAUCUGAGAUAAACUGUCAAAGAACAACGCGCAAAAAUGUCCCGCAGUUUUGUGUUUGAGUCUGUUGAUGAUGGCAGAUUAUUAUGAACAAAGCACCACAAGUGUGUUUUAUUAUUAAUAUAUAUAUAUUUUUUAAAGUAAUCUGGCUGUUUUGUGACGUCGUUCUUCCUGGAAUAACUCCCUGCGUCCUGACCCGCUGGUUUGUGUUUCCUGGUUUUGUGGUUGAGAUGAAGAAGAGCGCCAGACCUUUCAAAUUAAAAUACAAAAAAAAUAAAAAUAAAAAAAUAAAAAUAAAUAAAUAAAGAUGUUAAGAGGAACAAAACCCGACCCGAGCUACUAGAGAACACUGCUUUAGAUACUUUGGC